GCCCGUUUCAACUUGCCUAUGCCCGAUCAAUCCUAGCUAAACUUUUGUAAAUUAUUUUCCUCAACGGCUGCCUGUCGCCUGUGAGUUCACUGACUGCAGGGAUAAGAAGCAUUCUUAUCGCUGCACAACCAGUCGCUCAAUAAAGCAACUGGAGAAGAGUCAAGACGGUAGAGAGAUUCUUUAUGCCCAUCCUGGAAAGUUAGAUGAUCAUGUGAGCUGUAAAACAGUAGCGUUCCGCUGCUGUCACCUGAUUGUUAUUGUAUCGGACGGUGGCGGAGUGUGUAAAUUGAAGUUGCUUGGGAACUGCGGUGGUCAUGGAGCCCCUCUCGAUUGCGGAGAUCGCUGGGAAACGGAAAGCUGGAGACGCUGGUGACACUCCAGCCAAGAGUGUCUGCAUCAAGCCCGAUCCAGGUAGUGGCAUUAGCGCGAGCGUCAGCGGCCAGGAACUCGCGCAGCGUGCGCCCCCGCAGUUGGUAGCCGUGUUGACGGGGACGUUUGUGCUGUACAGUCCGCGGACGAAGGUGGAGGCCUUAGCGUUGCCGUGUCACCGUCAGGUCCACGAGUGUCGCGUUCUCCUGCCGCGGCACAUCGAUCCCUGGGCGGCGCACCUCGUCCUGCUGGCCACCCUCCAUCCCCGUCUGCCGCUGGAUGCCAGCGUCCAGGACAAGGGUGUUGGCAGCACCGCUAGCCAGCUACAGGCCGCGGCGGCCUUCUUCAAAAUCCCCUUGCCUGUCACAUUGCAGGAGCAGGAUAGAGCCGACAAAGCGCCAAAAGAAACCGUGACCAAGGCGUGUCAGACCGUCCAGCUGGCAAUCAAGACCAUACAGACACCGGCACAAUCGCACGGAGCUGCCCAGCCGACGGCCAACGCGCCGUCUCCACCCGACUCGGUCAGCAAAGCGCCCAGAAACCCCGGCCGAAGCAGGUCGCCACUCGCCGAUCCUGCUAUGGCUUACGCGCAUUUGUCCUUAGUGGAAGUGCUGGCGUUGAUCCGGCAAGAUUUCCUGCCGGUCACCUCGGAAAUGGAGGUGUAUCAGAGAGUAAUGAACUGGUGCCACGUUCACUACCCAGCGCGCUGGACGGCGGAGAACUUCCACGCUGUAGCACCGGAGAUCCGCUGGGAUCUGCUGCCUGAUGUUCUGCCUGUGGCCAUCCUCACCGCCGCCGGACCACUGCGCGACGUCCUCCUGGAGCUCCAGGCGCACCUCUUCCCGCCGGGCCUCGCCUGUCUGACCGCCGCGCCACGGGAACGCCACUUUACCGAGGUGGCCUGCCUGUUCUUCACCGACCGUCAUACCGCUAGCCUGCGUCUGUACGACGCCCGUCAUAACAAACUGUACCCCGUCAAACUGCCGAUGGAGCUGCAGACGUGGAACAGGUGGAAGGAGAUGGGCCCGGUGGUCAACAACCGGGUGUGGUUCCGCAUCGAGCACGGCACGCAGCUCCGAACGUAUGCCUGGAGUACUGGCGGUGAUGGUGGCGAAAAUGCGACAAUGGAGUUUAUCGGUGAGGAGCCGCUGGCGGGUGCGGUCUCGCCGCUGGUCAGUCUCGACGGUCUGGUGUACGGCUGGACCACCAGCGCCAUGAAUAACACGAGCUACUCGCUGAAUCCCGAAUCCCCGCUCUUCCGCCAUAGUAUCCGCAAUCCCAGACGCAUUAGAAAAGACGCGGCAUUCGACGUGUGGAACCGGUAUUUCUAUCUGUGCGGUGGGUAUCCCGUGAAGGGCCGCAACCGCGACAUCCUGGCCACCGUCGAAGCGUACGACGCCGCCACUGACCAGUGGCGACAUCUACCGGUGAUGUCGCAGUCACGCUGCAGCUUCGCCGCCAAAGUCCUCAACGGCUACCUGUACGUGACGGGCGGCGUGGGAGACCUCCCGGCAGCAGGAGCGAGGGUUCUCGGCAGCUGCGAGCGGCUGCAGUUGGGCGUGGCCGGCGCCCAGUGGCAGUCGGUGGCUGGCCUAGGAUUUCCGCGCUACGGACACUGUAUGUUCGUCUUGCAUGGCAAGCUGUAUGUCUGCGGAGGGUGCAACCGCGACGGGAUGCCGCUGACCGCGAUGGAGGAGUACGAUGCGGCGGUGAAUCUAUGGAGUGCUAUGCUACCGGCCGAGCGACCCGGGGUGCGGUAUGCCCCGGUGUCGGCUUGCGUGACGCUCACUGUUUCCUUUAAAAUGUUGCGUUAAUGAAGGACAUUUUACGCUUUUUAUUGUUUCUGUUAUUUUUGAUUAGUGCAUUGCUCUGUUUUAUUUUAUGAAAUUCGUUGUGCACCUGUUUUUGCAGUACAUUGUCUAGAUAGUUUCGCGCAGUUGGACAGUGGGAAUAUUUGAGUGUGUAUGUCCCAAAAUGAUGCACUGUACUAAUUCACUUUAAAACUUACACAACCAAUGUUAUUUUCAAUGAAAACUUAUGGGACCAAUACGGAAGGAAUGCAUCGAGGAAUUGUGUUUGAUAAAUUUACUGUG